AUGCCCAACUUGCAUCUAGUGCGAUCAUUGAAACUGCAUGGCGACCGCUGUUGGUCAGUCGAUAUCUCAAAAGGCCUGCUUGCCACAGGGUCCGCGGACAGGAAGAUCAAGCUCGUAGACGUCAGGAACUUCAAGCUCGUCGAGGAGCUCGAUGACACUGCGCACAAGAAAGCCGUGAGGUCGGUGGCAUGGAGGCCGCAUUGCAAUGUGCUUGCUGCUGGUUCUUUCGAUACGACGGUGUCCAUUUGGGGCAGGGAUGACGAUGACUACAGCGGCGAAACCGAGCUUCUGGCUGUGAUAGAGGGGCACGAGAACGAGGUAAAAUCCGUGGCCUGGUCGCACGAUGGCGCGUACUUGGCGACGUGCUCUCGGGACAAAAGUGUGUGGAUUUGGGAAGCAGAUGAACUGAGCGAGGAGUUCGAGUGCAACAGUGUCUUGCAGGAGCACUCGCAGGACGUCAAGCACAUUGUGUGGCAUGCCAGCCGGCUUCUGCUGGCUUCCAGCUCGUACGACGACACGGUGCGGAUAUGGGCGGAGCAGGACGACGACUGGGAGUGCGCGGCGGUGUUGAGUGGGCAUGGUGGCACGGUGUGGUGCUCCGACUUCGAGCGGGCCGAGACGGGCAUCCGGCUGUGCAGCGGCAGCGACGACACCACGGUGCGCAUCUGGCGGUGCCUCACUGACGACGCCGACGUCUUCGACAAAGAGUGGAUCCAAGAGACGGUCCUGCCGGCCGUGCAUACGCGGGCUGUGUACAGCGUAAGUUGGAGCGCGGACGGGCUUAUCGCGAGCGUUGGCUCGGAUGGUGUGUUGGCGGUAUACAAAGAGGUACAGGCUGGCCGGUGGGAAGUGGUAGCCCGCGUAGAUUGCGCGCACACGGUCUACGAGAUCAAUGUGGUGAAAUGGCUGGCGUUAGACGGGCGCGUUCUUUUGGUGACCGGCGGCGAUGACGGCUGCGUGAACGUGUGGGAACUGCGGGAGGAGUAG